AUGGCUUCGUUCCCUCCUUCCCAGCAAAAUGCCAGCCAGCAUCAGGGCAACACUGGCAACAACCUCGCGUAUGCCGCUGCCCCUGCGUUAUCGACCAACCCGCCUCUUUCCCAAUCUAUAGAUCCAUAUAGAUGUUCCCUUUCCAACGAGGCAGUUGGCUCACAUCCCAACAACAACAUCUUCAUCGCAUUAAAUCCUUGGAACUCCCCGUUUGUAUACGUUCCAAACCAGCCCAAUAAUUCCUACACACAACAGACUACAGUCCAGCAAUCUUAUCCCACAGGGUACUCUUACAGGCAGUCGGCUCCCGUGCAACAAGCCAAUCUCCCAAACUACCACCCUCAAUUCCAACCAUUUCACAAUUUGGUGCUCGCGAAUCGCCAACAGGCUUCCCUUCGUACCACCGCUGCUCCACAGCAGCCAGAGCAACAGACCAUACAAGCACGACGACUGGUCCCGCGGAUUGCGCUCCCUCCAGACAGGAUGAGCAAUGGAAACAACCCAACCUAUCCAGGAGACCGAUGGUUCAGCCUGGCUGGAAGCGAGCAGCAACCAACUAGCUUUGCCAUGGAAAGGCAGCCGGCAAGACCAGCCCGGAACAUUGAUCAUUACAGCAGUGAGGAGGUCUCUCCUCGUUCCAAGCCAAAUAGGGCCCCUCGAGUCGAGGAUUACCCCGACCUCAUGAAGGAUGCACAGGCCCACCUGGCGCGACUUGGCCAGAGUGUACCACAAAUCCAGGGGAUAAACCCUCCCACAACUCGGUCCUCGAGUAAUUCUAGCAUCCCUAUUUUAUCUCUGGCUGGUCCUGAAGAGUUGGUAGCUGCUGUUGCCAACGCGUCUACGGCAGAAACCACACAGCAGCUCGUCGAUCUGACUCGACGUCAGCCUAGCAACACAACCUCUCAACAGCAGCAGGAACCAGAAACCUUUGCACAGCUCUGGGACAACCUAGACCACUCGGAGUUCCACGCGCACAACCCACCAGUCAUCAGCGGUGAUCAGAAGGAGCUGCCCGUUGACUUUCCAGACUACCUCAAGACGAAUCAUCGAGCCGCACAGACAGUGGCCGGCGUGCUUAGCCAAUCCAGUAAGACUCUUGACAUACCCCUGAGAAGCAAAGCUGUGAGAGACGCGUUGAAUCGUGCCCUGGCCGUUCCGUCGAUGGUGGUUGUGUCAGAAGUCUUGACAUCGGUGGGUGCCAUCAACGCGGCGCCGGCGAACCAACACUCGUCGGCUCCGCCCACGGGGGUCUGCCCUCGAUCUUUCUUUGGGAUGGACGGGCCGCUGACAAGCCUCGUGGCCCCCGGUCGCUCCGCAACUGUGAGACCAGUACGUUCUGCUAAUGCCUAUCCGUGUGAAGGGGGUUAUACGCCACAUGAUAGUCUACCGUCGCCACCCGGCGCAGGUGUAAGCCAGCGAGUUCCAACGCCCGGUCUUCCGUCUCCCCCGGAGCGUUCAGCAGCCGGUAGGCCAUCCCUCCAACCAGCUUCGACAACCGCAGCCAUGUCACCUCCCCAUCCUCCGACUGCCGUCAAUCCUGGCAACUCUCCUCAGCAAGCCAGGCCAGCCUACAUACAACGCUACCCUGAUAUUCUGGGGCCUGGAAUGAGACCAAAUGUCGCUCCCUGGGAAGCGCCUUUAGACCAGUCCUAUCCUGAAGGCUCGUAUAGCGUACGAACUGGAUCAAGCCAGUCAUACACAACUGCAUUUACUACCGCCAAGGAUCCGGUAGCACUCAUGAAGAUAGCGCGCGACACAAGGGAUAAACGCGAGGGAAAGCGCAAGUAUGUCAAAGUACCCCGACUUCUAUCUAUCUUUUCAACUUUCCUCUGUUUCGAUAUUCAGACGCCAUCUUACGUGUCUUCGGAUACUAGAAGGGAGGAAGACCUUGGAAGCGUCACACCGCCCGAGUCACCACGUAUGGUUGGGGAGGUGGGCUUCCCCAGCGUCGUCGCGGCGUUGUAUGGCAACGAAGGCGAGUCCAGCAAGCGGCCCCGGACUGACUCGGGCCUCGAGCCGUUCCCGAGCUUGAUGGGCACUCACCAGGCAAACGAGUCACGACCACGGGGGCACUUGUUCCCAGGCUACGCGGGCAACCGACAUCCAAUCCCUCCAACCACAGCCUACACGAAUAUUCAACAAACUCAAGGGAGCAGACCCCCUCUUCACAGGACGCAUGAAAGCAGCCCGCCCUACAUGCUCAACCAGCAGGCACAAGAAACCAUUCCUCCCUACAUGAUCAACCAGCAGCCGCAGGAAAGCAGCCCACCUUACAUGAACAACCAAGAGACACAGACUGCAGCGCCAGCGCACAUGAUCAAUCAACAAACUCAGGCAGCAUGCCCUGAUCCCCAGCCUACUCGGGUGGACGCGGAAAUGCUUGCUGCCAUUGGGCCCUACGCGUCGUUGUUCUAG